AUGUCACAUCCACUAGUGGCGGCUGUGUGGGAACAGUUAGGUCGCACUGAUAUUUCCAACAUCCUCCGAGAGAUCAUAGGAGACCAUGCUGCGCAACUGGCCGUUUCUCAAGUGCAAAAUGGACUGGUUGCGGAUGUCGAGCCGUUGGUGCGCAUGGUAUUUUGGAUCAAGGCAAUCUUCGAUCUACAACGGUCCUAUUUACAAGGCCUAGCCAGCGUUCGCGAAUGUCCCCAGAGCCUGCUCCCAUAUCUUCUACCAUCGGAGACUAUCUACUCGACCCUCAUGUACCUGAUUCGAGCCAAGGCAGAAUUGUUACCCAUGACGGCGGCUGGGAUCUGUGAUCGUGCGCAGUACCGGUAUUUCAUGGCGGAGGCUGUGCUUGCAGGUGUCAGAUUGUUGUUGUUGCGGGGGGAAUCCUUACAUGCUGAGAUGAGAUCUAAUUUGGAGCGCGCGAUGAAGAUGGCAUGGCAACAUCCGGGUUUGUCGAAUGAGGAGAGCUAUUUGGUCAACAUGCUUUUGCCGAGAGCUAUCAAUGAUAUUGGAGGCGGCGCAGAUACAUCACACGGUCAGAGCCCUUUGGCAGCCUCUGGAAGGCGUCUUCUUCCGUCAUUUAACUCGGGACUCUACCCUUUUCCUAGUGUACCCGAGACGCAUAUUACCGAUCUCCUAACUGGCAUCGUCGGGAAAGGACCGGAUCAUACCUCGUCAUUUUGGACACUAUUUGAUACAUCAUGGGCGGCCGAAUCCGCACUUAUUCAAUGCCAUGUUGACUCCCGCCGAAUACCCCAACAGCAAGGGGACUUGUACACGACGUCCAACAUCGAAGGGGCAUUUGUCCAGACAGGAGAUGCCAGGAAGAGGUUGGCAAGAACCAUCUUAGCCGCAGCAGAUGGACAAGCAGAUAAACCAGCGCUCAAGAUUCUUGCAACUAUCAUCCUGAGUCAAACAGGGGAUGGAAACCCGCCAUUGCAAACACGCAAGGUCAGAGAUGCGUGGAACCAGAUGGCCGGCUUCAGGAAUGAGUUAGAUUGCUCUCUAAGCCACUUUGUAAGGUGGCUCAUCAAUCGCAGGGUGCAACUGUGGGACUGCAACGGUGAACUAGAAGCCGUGUCGCACGAGUAUCAACGGCAUUUGACACAGUGGCUACACACCUCGUCGCCUACUGAAAUGGAAAGGCAAGCUAACGAAGCAGAUAAGGUCGGUGUCAUAUAUGUAGUGGACUGUCCCUUUGUCCAUCCAGUUCCGAAGGUAUUGUUAGAGGAACAGUUGACGAGGACCGGGAGCGAUAUCGACGAUCUUCAGACAAUACCAGAACUCCUCUCAAUCGACGCUUCUUGUCCACUCUGCCCUGAAGGCACGAGAAUCCAACACGCUCGGAUUAUAGAACCGCUGGAACAACUAUCAAGUGCGAUACAAAAUGGUUCCGAAUCAGGAAGUACUCUCAGCCGACGAUCAGCCUUUGGAUCAAUAUCCGGACGUACAGCCUCCCGAUCAAGCUCUAUGAGCCAUUCCACCCGUCGUUCUGUUGGUUUUGGUGACUCGAAACCAUCGUCCCCAAAUACCAGUAUGCCGAAGAUGAAAAGCAGUCAAUCUCUAUAUGCGAUGGCGAGCUCGCUGAACCACCUCUCCGCGCCCUGGUUAGACAAGAGCCAGCAGAAGCAGACGGUCAAGUCUUUGUCCAGGGAGCUGAAGGGCGUCAAGCUAGCUCUUCCUGUUCGUCGGGCGUCGUCAAUUCGAAAAGGUCUGUUGAGAGAACAGCGGCUGUCACGCCAACCCAAAUUCUGCUUCUCCUCCAGUGGCAAGAGUCUAUUUUUCUGGGGCGAGGAUAGCAGUUGCAUAUCGCGUUUUGAUAUACCGACUAUAGAUGGACAAAAGCCCGAAGCACUAAGAUAUGAUGUCUCGGGCGUACAGUGUGUUGCAGCAGGAGAGCUGCGCUGCGCUGUUAUUUCCUCGGUGGGACAGCAUUAUGAGCUCCUUAUAUUUGGGCCCAAUGGCGUCUGUGCAGAAGCCCUUGUAACCAUUGACACUCCAGGUCUUUCUCUUCCCUCCAACUGUAUGACUAUGUCCCGUGAUGAUAGGCAUAUUGCAUUUAUACUUGAGAACCAAGUCCACGUCUAUGAACUCGGGAACAUUUACGACCUGGAAGCUAGGUCCAUUCAGAAAGUUGCCGUCAAUGAAAGCCCUAGAUGGGCCCAGGAGAAAGCAGCUACUCAUCGAAAGAUCGCAUUCUCCGCUGAUGGAAAUGGUCUUGUCCUUGCUCGUCUUGAGAGUCAAUCUGUAUACUUCGAUGUGUGGCACCGCGAUACAGAUGUAUGGAAUAUUGCAAAGGGCGGCUUUUAUUCUCUUAAAAAUACAUCGAUUGACGGAAGCCUUACUGGCGCGUUCUAUAACAGUCUUCAUAACUCUAUAUUCCUCACAGCCUUUUCGAAUAAAGAAUACCCUCUCUUGUUUUCAACAUCUAAUGGGCAAGCCACUGGCUCCUCAUUCAGCACCAAGAUUCUUCAUGCUGCUCAAUCUCCCUCCGGCUUGCGAUAUGCAUUCGCAAACUGCCUCAACGAGAUAUAUAUAUGCGACUACAAAUCAGACGGACCAUUUAGCCCUAUUCGAAUUAAGAAAGCCUCCUCCAAAAUAACCUCAUCGGCCUUCAGACCCGGGAAGUUACUACUUUCAUUUCUUCAAGAAAACAUCCUCCUGGUAUUCUGGGUGAAGGACGAAAAGCUCAUGCUCCGGACAGUUCGACUAAAUGAUAAUGGCGAGACGAUCAGCGAUUACGACCUUCGGGCUGACCUUGAGCGUCUGAUGGCAGAGCGGACACCAAAUGCAAGCUCAAGGACGCAGUCACCGAGGAUUGGUGUGCCGUCCAGUCCUGUUGUGGAGAAAAGGGGUCCGUCAAUUAGCCUCAGGCCUGAUUUACCGGAGCUUGCGUCGAAUUAA